GGGAAAGCAAAUCUGUACUGUCUCAUUUGACAGUCCAACUGUUCUUUGAACAACGCUCGGGGCUGCCUAAGAUAUGAAAAUGUCACCGCCGGAUCGAAGGAAAAAUAUGCGCGCCCUGGCGUUAGAGAUUGGAAUACGAGUUUUGCUCUUUGGAGUUUUUGUGUUCACUGAGUUCCUGGAGCCCUUUGAGCGAGUGAUCCAGCCUGAGGAGAUGUGGCUGUACAAGAACCCUCUGGUGGAGUCCGACCACAUCCCUAAGAGGGUGAUGUUUGCUAUUUCAUUCCUCACGCCGCUGGCUGUUAUUUUUGUGGUGAAGAUCAUCCAGAGGACUGACAGAACAGAAAUCAAAGAGGCCUGUCUAGCAGUAUCGCUCACUCUGGCACUUAACGGAGUCUUCACCAACACAAUCAAGCUGAUAGUAGGCAGGCCAAGACCAGACUAUUUCCACCGCUGCUUCCCUGACGGCCAGGAGGACGCCAAGAUGGCAUGCACAGGAGAGCCCGACCUGGUCGCGGAGGGCCGCAAGAGCUUUCCCAGCAGCCACUCCUCAUUUGCUUUCUCUGGCCUGGGCUUCACGUCCUUCUACCUGGCGGGGAAGCUGCACUGCUUCACGGAUGUGGGCCGCGGGCGCAGCUGGCGCCUCUGUGCCAUGGUGCUGCCCCUCUACAGCGCCAUGAUGAUCGCCCUCUCACGCACCUGCGACUACAAGCACCACUGGCAAGAUGCCUUUGUGGGAGGAGUGAUCGGCCUGAUCUUCGCCUACAUCUGCUACCGGCAGCACUACCCGCCGUUCCUGCACACAGACUGCCACUUGCCUUACGCCAGCCUGGCUGCUGCUGCUGCUGCCCACCACCACCGGUCGACAUCCCCACCUCAGGAUGAGCCGCAGCCCACGGACAAUGCCACCAGCCUGCCCCUGGAGGGGCUCCGCGAAGGCCCCGUAUGAUACAACCACCACCAGGAGGACUACAGUGCAUCAUUCCAACUCGUCAAUGUCUGACUAUUGACCAGACUGCAAUUUUGGAAGUCUAAGGUAUGCCCUUCAAGUCAAAACGUGACGUGUGCCUCAAAGGCACCCCCUUGUGGCAGCAUAACUUUGCUGAUGGUUAGGGUUAGGGAAUGGUCUAGGUGUAGGCCACCUAGUCAACAUCCCCUCGACAUCAAACAUUGCAGUCUGGUCAGAAAUUGACGAGUUGGGACGAGACUGUAUUGACCAGGAGGAUGGUGCAGCACCACCGCCUCAAGCUAGCCUGGCCUUGCCAUCCAUACAGCUCCAGUCAAGUACAUUACAUGUCCCUGCACAUUCCAUAUUGGUCGGGGUCCUAUGGGAGGAGAUUACUUACGCACGUUCAAACUUCAUCAACAGACUUCAACCCCCCCUUCACCAGUAAUCGCUUCUGAAAUGUGUUCCUUCCACGCCCCCUGCGCAAAUAUGUGAAGGGGGUAAUGGUGAGACCAGGCUAGCCCCAGCCAAGCCUCCAGGAGAGUGCCGUCUACAGCCAGGCCUGUAGCGCCCAGACUCUGCCGUGCUAAAUCACACCAUGCAGACAAACUGACUUGCUCUACAACAUUCCAGUGAAUAGUAACUUUCAUCUUUUAAUCUGUGCUCUUUAUCCUGCUUUCUUGCUUCUCUUUGUUUUUUCCUUCCCCUUCUUGAUUUUUGGUGUCUGAUUCAAGCGGUCUCAAUGUUUGCUAUGCGUACUUUGAUGUUUUGUGUAGUGGUGCAGAAUAUGGAGCAAUGUUCAUAAAAAAGCAAUGCAGAAAAUGCGAUUGAACAAAAACAUUUUUUAAAGGCACUCAAGAAAUAUUUGGGAAUUUUUACAUUUACUGGUGCUGUAACCAUUUUCACUGACAUGUAGUACUGUAUGGAUGCAGCUUGAUGAGGAAAAAUGUACGGUAUGUAGGCUAAUUGAUCUUAUAUCUUCUGUAUGAAUUCUCCCAGUAAUCUGCUAUUGACGUACAUAGAAGGUUGGAAUCAAAUUGAAGGCCAUAACACGUCUCUUUCCCAUCUCAAUUUCAAUAGAUUUUUGUGUCUCCACAGUGAUGGUGUGCAAUGUCUGGUCUGACUCAUCCUGAAAAAAUCGAAUCUUUCUCUUCUCCACAGUCUUUUUCCUUCUUUCGGAUAACCAUCUCAGUCACUCAGGAGAAAGGGACAGACACUGUUGCGUUUUCGGUGUGGAACUAGUGGUCGUGUGGCAACAUAGUGAUAAAUAUAGAUGAAAUGCUUUUUUCCAACUGCAGUGCAUUGGACCGUGUCUAUUUCCUGAAGAGCCUCUCUAGGUUCUCACCUCCUUAUACGUUCCUGCUCUUCUCUUUUUCUCCUC